AGGAAAAUGCAGUCUUAUGCUAGAUAUUUAUUAUUCGCUAUGAUCUCACUAUCUUUAUUAGCGCAGACUUUCGCAGACGAGGAAGAAAUUGAUCGAUUACUCGGAGCUCGAGUGGAGCGAAAUUGCUUCUUCUCACCUAUGGGUUGUAUGUUUUUGCCGGGCAAGAAGCUUAUGUCGCGAGUACGACGACUUCCAAGACGUGAACGAUCGAAGGAUGAAUCAUGGCUUUGGUUCUUCUGAGAAAGUGGCUGAAAAACCAUUUCGUCAAUUCAUCAUCACCUCAGUGUGCUUUCGAAGCUUGAAAAAAGUGCGCGUCGGCACUCAGUCGUCGUUCAUUGGUUUAUUGCCUAAGGCCAUAGCGUAUUAAUGUUUGUUAUGGUCGUGUUUAUAUAUGUAAGUGCACUGUUGUCGAUCUCUUAGGUAACCUGGGUAGAAUAUAUUGAAGCGGUCAUUGAUCUAUUCAAGUUAUUUUUAUGUCAUUGUUUUAGUUACA